AUGAAAAAGAGACAGGAAUACCAAAACCAGAUGGGAUCCCUCAAUGCUCGUAUUUAUGAAUUGGAGCAACAACAGGCUUAUUUGGAGAACACGGCGGACGAAUGGAAGAUCAAAUACGAGCGCCAAAAAGAACUCGCUGAGGAGUACCUGAAAAUGGUAGAUGACAGAGAAAUGGAAGGUCAUCUUGCAGUCAGUGACCUUAACGAGAGUAUGUCCGAGGAAACAGCGGAAAGGUCACGGCACUUGGCAGAAUUGAAGGACGAAUGCGACUCCCUGAAACAAAAGGUCACUGAAGCAGAAGCCAAGAGAGAUGACUAUGCGACUAAACUCGCCGAGGCUACCCAGCGACUACUGACAAACACUACCGAAGUGUUUAAGCUCAGGAAUGACCUGAAGCUGCGUGAUGAGAAUAUCGGGAUCCUCCAGAAGGAAUCAUAUGAUCACCAGAGAAGGGCCAAUGAAGCCGCCAGGGUGGCAAAGGAACAGCAAGAAGAGAACACGGUGUUGAAAGAGGAUAACAGAAAGGUCACCGAAGAGAUCAACGAGUUGAAAGGAACCGCUAAGACAAUUGCCGAACAGGGCAUGAGGUGGGAGCAUGAAGCACACCUCUUGGACGUAAAGGUUACGGCACUUGAACUGAAAGAUAAAGAAUGGCAACAGACGGUACACCAGAAGACACAGGACAUCAUCAGACUCAACACGGAGUUGAUUGAUAUGACCCAAACGGCAAUGACGAGAGAGGACGAGGUCACCCAAACAAAAAUCCAGCUAAGAGUAGCAGCAGAUGAAUACACUAAACUGGAAAGAGAUGUGACCCAGUUGGCGGAACACAUUAAAAGGGUGGAGAAUGACACUGAAAAGGUCAUCCAGGAGAAGACCUUCCAACUCCAUCAGCACAUGCUAAAGGUCAACGAAGAGAAUCAGAAUUUGAAAAUGGAAAAAGAGGAAUUCCAGUUGAAAGUCCGACGCCACGAAGACGAAAAUAAGGCGCUCAACAUGUCGAACAAACAUAAAGAUGAACAGCUGUUACAAUAUGGAGUCAGGGCAACAACAGUGGAAUCACCGCCGCCCGGUUACAGCAAGGCGCACGAAACGGGCACAGGCAAAAGCUUUCACUUUGAAAUGCCAUUACGAACUGGUACCGGUAAAGGAAGCGUGAAAACGGAACGGGAAGGUGAAAAGGACAAAGAAGACAAAGAGCCACCUUCGGAAAGUUACCCGCAUAUGAGUCGAGGUGACCCUUCACAAUUUCCUCCGCACAUUGAAACAAAUGUGUUCAUUGACGAAGGACGACGGGACAGACCCUCCAGCCGGCAGAAGCGUCCAAGGAAAUCCCGUUAUGGAAAGGCGAAACGAAAUCAAAACGAUGAUGAAAGUAGCGAAGAGGAGGAUGACCAGAGAGCAGAAAAUACAGCGGUGCAAUUGACAAAAGCGCUUAACUCGAUGGCUCGAAAAAACACACUCGUGACCUUUGACGGCAGUCGCGACACCGUGAAUGGCUGGACAAGAUUGGUAAAAGAAACGCAGAAAACCUACCAGCUCACCGACGAUCAAAUCAUGAUCGAGAUAGCCAGCGCACUGAAAGGUCCCGCUAAAACCUGGUUUGAAGGAGAAAAGGAUAUCGCAUCAAAAGACGGAAUUGAAUAUUCGGUAACGGAGUGGAUGGAGAAAUUCAAAGAUGAAUACGAGGCGGCGGAAAUGGAGGCGGAAACUACCAACAGGGUGGUGGCCAGAAUAACGGAGGGGGCCCAGUAA